AUGAUGUCGCCCCCCUCUGCUAGGACCUCUGGCAUUUCGUACGCGCUACGCGCGGACAUGGACGCACUAAGGGAGCUUGUCAAUCUCUACGAGCGUCAUUUGAACGAAAAUACGGCCACCGUCAACUCACUCCCUGUGGAGAUCCUCCACUACAUAUUCCACCUCGUCGCAGAGGAAGAUAUACCCUGCCCACCCAUUGACCAACGCGCCCGCACCGAGUUUCUUCGGGACUGGCAAGUCACGCGCAUGGUCCAAGAGAGUUACGAGCCUCAGUCUCUGUGGGAUCGUGGGGGGAACAUUGGCUGGAUACGCCUUGGACAUGUGUGCGCGCAUUGGUAUCACGCCCUGGCCACCGCGUCGUCUUUGUGGGCAGGGGCCCUUGGAUCACUCCCUUUAGCGCUCGACGCCAUGAUGGAACUUGCCGGGCCGGUGACACCGCUUACGUUGAGCGUCUACCGAUCCACAUAUCGUCUUCACUCUUUGGAGGUUUUCAUGCGGUUGUUCUCCGGCCAGUCUGGAGAUGCGCUCGCACAACGCGUGCGCCAUAUUGACCUUUUCGAUAUGAUGGGCGAUACCAUGGAACUCAUGGACCUAUACAUUGAUUCACACGCGUUUCCUCUCCUCGAGUCCGCCACAAUACGGAUCAACACGCAUCUGAGCACCUUUCCUUUGGCAACCCGCCCUUCCUUUGAUGCACCACACCAUCGCUCCCUGAAUCUUUUCGGGGUGUAUCAUACCUGGAUGUCAGAAACCCUCACGUGUCUUGCCAUCGGUGCGAAUGGCAUGAAUCCUUUGUCUCUCGAAGACGAGCAUUUUGAUCUUAUAUUGGACCAGUCGGCAUCGAAGCUCAGAGAGCUCCAUCUUUUCCAUUGCUUUGGCGAGGCUUCUCUUGGGAGCUUCAUUGCAAUCAGGACGAACGAGAAGGGGACCAUCUCUUCCCGAGCGUCGCGCUCGAUCUACAUGCCUCACCUGGAGCUGCUCAGUUUCGGAGCUCGGAUCCAAGAGGGGACCGAGGUUCAUGAAGUUGACACCAGCUUGUACCAGGCUCUCUGCUUCCUGCGCACGAUCGUCGUGCCGCACAACGCUCGGUUAUCUUUCUCGGUCGAUAUCAGCGCGCCCAUGAUGGGACCUGCCAAUUCGAUUGUCGAAAGCCUGUGGCGAUCUUGCUUAAAAGCGACCCCGCAUCAUACAUAUACUGGUGUAUGUCUCGAAAAGGAACAUCUCAACAACCCCGAUCAUUUCGCGCAGUUGACGCUGAAGUUGCAUUCUGGCGCGUCCAGCACCCUCCCUAGUACGGGUUCCUCAGAGGCUCAAAUCAGACCUCUCGCGCGCUCCCGUUCCCCAUUGUCAAUCACCUUCCACAGUCUCCCCGGCCCGAAUGGCUAUCACUCUCCAACACCUGACCCCGAAUACCUGGCACCGCUAGUCAGCGUCCUUGACCCUAUGCACAUCACGACGUUCGAGCAUCGUGGCGAGGGCGUCUAUCCGGAUCCGCGCGGGAUGAGGCAGGAAGCUGAAGGUGGCAUUGCCACGGACAUGUAUAGGAACCUGCUAUACGCAUGGCCCAAUGUCCGUUCCUUCAUCCUCCACGACCCUCACAGGCAAUCAGAAGGUGGAAUGAUGGCGCCCGUCAUGAGUCUGCUGUGCUCGAACAUCUUCCCCGUUCUGAACACGGUUGUCCUGUAUGGAGACGUCGAUCUGGUAUGCCUUGCGAGGCAGCUUAGCCUGCGCAAGCAGGCAUUCGACACGAUGAACCAGCCGUAUAUGAGGCUGCGGCAGUUGUCAAUUCGUUCCCAGACUCGCGAUCAGAUGUCUGCACGGGACAAUCAAGCGCUCGAGAAGUUGGGCGAGCUCGCGGACGUCGAUCUGCGUUGA